UAACAAUGGCUUCUGUUUGUCGAUUGUUUUGGUUUGGCUAGUUUUUUUGGAAUAGUCAGGGGAUGUUUUUCCUUGUAAAUACGAAAUAAUUAUUCAGAAUUUAGAUGCUAAUUGAAUCAGAAAGCUGAAUUAUUGCUUCAUAAACAUAUCGAGUGAGUAUUUCAUACUAUUCUAGUUCAUUCGGUUAGAGAAAUGUUGGUACUGAAAAUCACCGAAGGUGGAAAUUGAUAUCAUAGGUACCAGGUAACCGUUAAACUACGGUUGUAAUUCGUUAGUAACCGAAGCAUCAGUAUGCAGCCCGUCAAUGGUAGGAGAUCAUCAGGUCAGCAAAGAUUGAGACGAGACUAUUUUCCUAGGCAGAGUAAUGAGAAUGCGGAGAUAAUAUCUUACGUUUGCGAAUCUUGGAAUAAAGUGCUUAAAGAUUUAAAUCGCAACAGCGGCUCUUACGUUCCAGGAGUACAAAGUGUCCUUUACUAUAAACCCGCCACGGAAUCCAAUAACAGAUUAGCUAAUUUUGAACCUUUCGAUUUGGAAUCGUACUGGGGAAACCGAGUAGUUCAAAAAUGCCAAAAUCGAAAUCCGUAAUAGUCGAAUGUUUACUUUAGACUUAAUACUUUCUGUUCCGACAAUUUAAUGAAUUUUAUUCGAAUUCAUUUAAUAUUAAGUAAACGAACUGGGUGAAACGUUCAUUUCGAAAACACGCUCGUACAUAUUUUUAUAAAUUUGACGACAUUAACGACUUAACGAGUCUAUUAUUUUAGGAAAAUUAUUCACCUAAAAACGUUUCAAAUUUCAAACGCGGUACGAAAUUUCGCGUUAAUUCUUUUUCUUCGUUUUGAUUUCCAAUACUUGCGCAAUGAAGUAAGUAAUUAUAUUUUCUGAUUUAACAUAAGUAAUCCGAAUUUAUUAGGUAAUUUAAUUCGAGGAACUUGAUGAAUCGUGUUAUUUAUCGAUUCGAAUUGACUACUACACGAAAUAAAUAAAACUGUACGAAUGAUUCGCAUUUAUUUUCUCGUCAAUUAAACAGCGAUGAAUAAUUUUUAGAAUCUUAUCUUCAGUUUAUGUACGUUGCUGUUAAAUUUAGUACCUAUGUUAUUUGCUCUUUUACCAAGUACCUAAUAAUGAAUUCUAAUAUUUCCAAUUUAUAUGUUACGUUAUAUUUUAAAUAUAAUAGCGAUAGCGUAGGCACGUUAUUUACUUUGUAAAUAUCUGAAGUGGAGAAUCGACAAAGCUACCUUGAAGAUACGUAGGUAGAAUGAAAACAAUCGCAAAUUGGAUGGAUUGAUUCAGUUGAUCGAUUCUCUGCACGUGUAAGUAAAUGUACCAUGUCCACCUUUGUUUAGUUUGCUUAUUUUGUAUUGUCAUCUACGUUAUACAUACCUACAUAAAUGUCAGCGGCGGUGUAAGUUUUUACGCAAUCGAUGUAAAAUUCCACACGAAGUCGACUUUCAAUGCGUGAAUUGCCAUCUAUAAAUGUAGACUUGGAGUGACCAAACAGCUUGAAAAUUACUGUCAAUUUAGGCAUGACGAUUGUUAUAAUAAAUCAUAAAUUUAAAAAUAAAAUUGAUUCUUUUUUAA